CACACACACACACACACACACACACACACACACGCACUCACACACACACACGCACACAUACAAGAUGUAACUUUUAGUUCCUUCAACAUCUAUCACUGUAGACAUGAGUCCGAUUCCCAGAAAGGUUGUUGUUAUUGUUGUUGUUGUUUUUUGGGGGGGGGGUUGUUGUUUUGUGUAUGUGUGUGGGUCUUUUUUUUUCUUAUUCGAGUAGAUCUACAUACAUCUCAUUUCUUCUAUCUUUUAUUUUAUUUUUUAAACAGGUCUGUAUGUGAGUAAUAGCAACCCAUUUAUAAGAGAGAUUGAACACAUUGGCCGCAGGACUGACUGAUACUUCAAACAUCAGUGUACUUCUCAAAAGUCACAGGCAUCUGAGUUUCUUUUCUUUCUUUUUAAGCAAGAUGCACUCAUUAGUUCUUCUUUGGAUACAAGUGACGAUAUGUACGAUUCUUGCCGUAGUCAGCGUAAAAACGUCCCUAAGCUGCGAGCAGUUUGAAACAAGCCUGGGCCCUCUCGUCUAUGUGAACUAUUUCCAUGGCAACUGUUAUCUCUUCGAUGAGGAGGAAAAGGAGGCGAAAGACGCGUGGAGAAGAUGCCGGGAUCUUGGUGGGCACCUCACUGACGUCACAGCGGACACUCUUCAGUUUUUUAAGGAAAUUCUGACGAACCGCACGACUGCCAAUAAAAAGCCAUACCUCGUAGGCUACCUGUAUAACAGGCAACUGUACGAUUGGUAUUGGGACACUGGUUCUCUGAUCCCCCUAAACAAGACUCUUGACCAUAAGACCAGUUUUUUUAAAAACAACAAAUAUUGUGGAUGUAUGAAGGCUGAGACGUCUUCUUUUUCGAGCGCAGACUGUGAGGACGAUCAUCCAUAUAUAUGUAAACUUGGAGUGCACGUUGUAGCAGCUUUGUCAGUUGUCUUGGUGAUGUCACUGAUGGGGAACAUCGUCCUGUGCUGUGCCAUUUACGCGGAGUACGAGAUUGUGGAGUCACCAACGAGCCUAGCGGGAUCUAAACUGGCUAAACGAUGGAAUGGAAAAGACGACGAAGGAAAAGGAGGAGGAGGAGGAGGAGGAGGAGGAGGAGGAGGAGAAGUAGAAGUUGCUACAGAGUACUCCAUUUUCACCAGAAACGAAGAAGAUAAAAGAGACAAUGACUUAAUGAAUGUCUACGGAAUGGGGAGUGCUGUUUAAGUAUUUCCCAUUUCUUUAAAAUUUAUGUACUUCUUGCAUGUUUUCCCAUUUUUAUAACAUAUACGCACUUUUAAGUAUGUUUUCCCAUUUUUAUCAUUUGUACGCACUUUUAAGUAUGUUUUCCCAUUUCUAUAAUACACAUAAAAAA